ACCAAGUUCUUUAUGCGGCAGUACCAUUGGUGAUUUGAUUUUCAGGCUAAUGUAUGCUUAGCAAAACUAAGAAACAAAAGAGAAAGAAGUUGUCAUUUAUUUUCUUCUUAGCUUGUUCAAAGCAUUUCUGAAGAUCUGGAGCUUAGAUUGAGACUCUGCAUUUUCUAAAGUUUCUAUCAUUUUCGCUUCGGAAGCACUUAAUGGCGGCCAACACUGAUUCAAAACCGCCGUUGGAUAAGGAGAAGAUCGUAUACAUGGUAGAGAAGGAGAUGGAAUACAGAGUUGAGUAUUUUAACAGGCUUACACAUACAUGCUUCAAAAAAUGUGUUGCUCAAAGGUAUAAAGACCCUGAGCUGCAGAUAGGUGAAAAUAGUUGCAUUGAUCGAUGUGUCUCCAAGUAUUCACAGGUGACCAAUAUCAUUGGACAGAUGAUGGCAUCUGGGCGGCUGAGGUGAGAUCUGAUAGGAUCGAAGAAUUUGAUAUAUUUCCCAGGCCUUGAGUUUGAGAAGAGUGUUCCAACAAUCAAUGUAUGAGAUUUGUUUGAACUCUCUAUUUUUGGCUCGCACUAGAAGGACAUUGACUUUAUAGAAAUGUAAUAUUAUGGAGCUGUUGUUUUAGCAAACUGUGUUUUAUAGCUUGUUUGAUGUUGGGUUAUU